CCAAUAAGGGCCUCAGUUACGUUUAAAGGCUGAUGUCAGUUUUCUCAUAAUUGUAAAUCUAAGGGACUCAUGGCUUAUCUGAAAGGUGGCCCCCUUCUAAUCAGCCGCUUCUUGUUCCCUUGUUCCUUUGGUUGUUCACAGCAGGACUGGUAGUACAGUUCAGCCCACAUAAAUAUGUGGGACGGACACCUCUGAGGGCUGGGUGCCAUGAUGGUGAUUGAAGCAGGCGCCAUGGCACACUUGGUCAGGCAUUGAAGAUGCUACGGUGACCCACGGCACCCCCCGGGCCAUGGCUGGUCACUUUGACUCUUUCUUGAUCCUGGACUUGACUGACUAGAAGGGAGAGUGAGGCUGAUGGCCUUGUGCAACUCUGUCUCACUUCAAUCCAUUUAUUCACAAAUUAAGACAUCAGCAGGGGCAGCUAAAGUGACUCAAUGGAUUGACAGUCAGGUCCUGGAUUUUAAUUUGGCCUCAGACACUUCCUAGCUGUGUGACCCUGGGCAAGUCACUGAACCCCCAUUGCCUAGCCGGCAAAGCUCUUCUGCUAUGGAACCAAUACACAGUAUUGAAUCUAAGGGGGAAGAUAAGGGUUUACUGUGGAUUGAUCCUCUUAUGCACCUAGGUCUAAAGAGCUACUUUAUUGCUAAUUAUUUCUCCUCCCUGGCUGUUGACUGCUCCUCACACCCCACCCUCCCAGGCUUGGACCACGUGACCUAACACCCACCCUCUGCUCUCAUUGGCUCUGAACUAUGAUCCCGGACGAGGCGGGGAUUGAGCCCAGGCUGCUGCUAGGCUCCUCCCCCUCCUCCCGCCAUGGCUGAGGACAGGCCCUCGUCCUCAUCUGCGUCCUCAGGGCCGCUCUGCCCCUUCCUCUUCAAGAAGUCCAGCCGCCAGGCCCCUGCGGGUCGCCGGCGAAGACGCGGGGCCGGGGAAGGGCGGCCCGAUGGUGGUGGUGGUGGUGGCGGCAGCAGCAGCAGCAGCAGUGAGGAGGGCCCGGCCACUGUGGUUCGGCCCUACCGGAAGCGGGCUGCCCUCGGACCCAUGGUCCAGAGUAGCCGUGGGGCCAGCGGCCAUGGGGCGGCUGCGUCUGGCAACAAUGACGCCGAGGCCCGCGCCCUGGCCAUGGGCGUGCUCUACCCAUCCAGCCGCUCAGCCAAGCCGGCCGGGCCCGAGGACAUGGGCGCCACGGCGGGCUACGAGCUGGACGCGGCCCGGGAGCCUGAACGCGGAGGCCAGGCUAGGGCCAAGGGCACGGGUGCGGGACGCAAGGGGCCUAUCCGCGCGCCCGAGCACCUGCGCGCCACCGUGCGCUGGGACUACCAGCCUGACAUCUGCAAAGACUACAAGGAGACCGGCUUCUGCGGCUUCGGUGACAGCUGCAAGUUCCUGCACGACCGUUCCGACUACAAGCAUGGCUGGCAAAUCGAGCGCGAACUCGACGAAGGCCGCUACGGGGGCGUCGACGAGGCCUAUGAUGUGAGCCCAGGCCCCGAUAGCAGCCUACCCGCCAAGUGUUUCAUCUGCCGCCAGGCGUUCCGCAGCCCCGUCGUGACCCAGUGCAAGCAUUACUUCUGCGAGGCCUGCGCUCUGAGCCACUAUCGCACCUCUCCACGCUGCUAUGUCUGCGAGCGCCAGACCCACGGAGUCUUCAACCCAGCCCGAGGCCUCCUGGACCAGCUCCGCCGCCGCUAUGGUCCCCGAGGCCAGCCCUCAACCGCCCAGGACCCUGGGCCCACCGCCACCCUCCUCAACCAGUUCUAGUGCAGCCUGCCAAUAAAAGAUUUCUCUGCCUUUAAUUAAA